UUUCUUUGUGUGGCAUGUAGGCGAUUUAGGGAAGGCGCAAUCCCAUGAUUCCAAGACGAUCCGUCAGUCGAUGGUUCGUCCGCUGAUCAAAUUCAAGGCUCAAAAAUUCUGCAAGUUCAGUGUUUUAUGUCGGAUAUUUUUGUUUGUUGUGUCUCACGAGCAUAAAGAUGUCCGGGCCUUCACACAAGCAUCGUUACAAGAACUCGGGUUUGGAUUCACGAGAAUUGCGCCGACGAAGGGAAGAAGAAGGAGUUCAACUUCGCAAACAAAAACGAGAAGAGCAGCUCUUCAAACGCAGGAAUGUUAACUUACCAGAAUUGCCUGACGAUGAAAGACCCAAGCUGGAUGAUACUGCUUGUCUCAACAAAAUCUCAAAAGAUAUGGUUGAAGCUCUUUACAGUGACAAUAUAGAUCUGCAACUUUCAGCCACCCAACGAUUCCGCAAACUUUUAUCUCGCGAACCAAAUCCUCCAAUUGAUGAAGUUAUUCAAACAGGCAUUGUUCCACGUUUUGUCACAUUUCUCCAGAGCGUUGAAAAUACUACAUUACAGUUUGAAGCAGCUUGGGCACUGACAAACAUUGCAUCAGGAACUUCUGUUCAGACCCGAAUGGUCAUUGACGCAGGAGCCGUUCCAAUAUUUAUCCAUCUUUUAAGCUCCGCUAGUGAAGAUGUCCAAGAACAAGCUGUUUGGGCUCUUGGUAAUAUUGCUGGAGAUUCUCCAGAGUGCCGUGAUUAUGUCCUGAACUGUGGGGUUCUUGUCCCUCUUCUUCAACUUCUAAGCAAGUCUACUAAGACCACUAUGCUGAGAAAUGCAGUAUGGGCAUUGUCUAAUCUGUGCCGGGGGAAGAACCCUCCUCCAGAUUUCAAGAAAGUAGCACCAUGUCUCCCUGUCCUAUCUCAUCUGCUGUUUAAAGAAGACCCUGAUGUUCUAGCUGAUGCUUGCUGGGCAUUGUCGUAUUUGUCUGAUGGUCCAAAUGAUAAAAUUCAGGCGGUCAUUGAAUCGGGUGUGUGUAGGAGACUAGUAGAACUUCUCAUGCACAAUCAGGACAAUGUCAUUUCUGCUGCUCUUCGAGCUGUUGGCAACAUAGUAACAGGGGAUGAUGUUCAAACUCAAGUAAUUCUGAAUUGUUCUGCUCUGCCUUGUCUCCUUAAUCUCUUGGGAUCGAAUAAAGAAGCUGUAAGGAAAGAAGCCUGCUGGACCAUAUCCAACAUAACUGCAGGCAAUAGACAACAAAUUCAGGCUGUUAUUGAUGCCAAUAUCUUCCCAGCAAUUAUUGACAUCCUUGGAAAAGCAGAUUUCAAAACCCGUAAGGAAGCGGCCUGGGUUGUGACAAAUUCAACAUCAGGUGGUAGCCCAGACCAAGUUCGGUAUCUUGUAAACCAGGGCUGUAUACCACCACUCUGUGAACUUUUGACUGUAAUGGAUGCUAAAGUGGUUCAAGUGGCAUUAAAUGGGCUAGAGAAUUUGUUGAGAAUAGGUGAGCAGGAUGCCAAAGCUGCAGGAGCAGGAGCUGUUAACGCUAUGGCUGUGCUGAUCGAAGAAUGCUAUGGUUUGGACAAAAUAGAAUUCUUACAAUCUCAUGAAAACACUGAAAUCUACAAGAAGGCCUUCCACAUCAUUGAGGAAUUCUUUGGUUCUGAGGAAGAGGAUGCACGAGUUGCACCAUCAGUAGAUGCAGAGGGAGGUCAAUAUCAGUUCACCGAUCAGAGCGUUCCUAUGGGUGGUUUCCAAUUUUAAUCUAAUCUAACGCUCAAGGCUCUAAUGCCUUACACAGUGUAAAACUAAUUCAAUUGUUGUACAGUAAGGUUGUUUUAAAACUGAUCAUAUUCCACCGUAAUGUUGGAUAAAUUUACAGCACAAUAUUCAACCAUGAAAAGAAAAUUUAAGUUAUAUGUUGUACUCCAGAAUUUCAGGUUGUAAGAAACUAUGCCAUUUUGCCACCACCUUCAAAAUAUAUUGAUUGCUGUUUCUAAUUCAAUUUUGUUUUCUCUUUAUCUAUUUACUUUAGAAUUUUAAAUGUGUUUUCAAAAAAAAAAAAUUUCACUUGCUACAAGGUUACACAUAGUAAUAAAUGUCUAGUAUUGUAAUGGGUAUAAUUACAGGGUGUCUAGCCACUAAAAAUAUGAUAUUCUCUUAACAGGUACUGUAUUAUUGUGAUAAUUUCUGCCGUAGAAGUCUGUGGAACCAUGUAUGUUGACAUGUUUUGCUCUCUUGUGUGUUCCUUAUUUUUUGGUUCCACUAGGUUGCUAUAAACUAAAAUUGCCAUGUUAUGUUUUUCAAAAUUGUCCAGUUUGGAUGUUAAUGGAAGUUAUUUCCUAGACACCCUAUUGAAGUUAGAAUGGCUUGUCCUCCUUGUGUCUUCAGUUCUCAGAUUCUAUUUUGAAAUGUGUGUAAUGAAUUGUAUAUUCUUCGGGUGGGAGGGGGAGGGGGGGGGGGCAUUUUAUGACUUGUGAAACUUUGACCGACAGUAAUUGACACUGACAUCACUGAAUUCACUUUAUCUUGUGCCAAGGAAUUCUCUACUUUUCCAACGUGUGCUUUCCUAUUAGACUUCUGUUAUUUUUUAUUUCUAAUCCUCUUCAAAUCUAAUGUCAUUACAGACAACAUAAAGAAUUAUGUCUUCUGUACUGUACAAUUAAGACAAAAAGAGUAAUCUUUUUUGUUGUGAUCAUGAAAUCUGCAUGGAAAUUUUUGUUUGUAAAGGUACAAUCACAUUUCAUACUAUAAGAGAGCUCAUGUUUUGACUGUCCAAUUGGGCAAAACCCUGUUUCUGCCUUGUGUCACCCAAUCCUGAUAGUAAUUAAAACCAGCUUGUGUUCAAGUAAAAGUAAUUGUUCAAAUUCAAUGUUGGUAAUUCUUUCAAUUUCUUUGAUGUACUGGUAAACUUAUGUUGGGUAGAUAUAAAAUUUGGCAGAAAGCCUGUGGAUGUCAAAUUUACUGUCAAGAUUUUUUAAGUAUUGGUACUACAAUAAAUGGCUCUUAAACUUUGGAAUGAAUUGACUGUAUUUUUGUUAAAAUUUGCAUUUAUGAUGUGUAAAAUAUUUAUUCCGUAACAUUUUUUUCUCAUCCUUUCUUUACUGAAGUAGUCUAUGGUAAUGUUCUAUAUUCUUUUAAGUCUACAUGCUGUAAUUUCCCAACAUAUUCAACGCACCUUUCAGAUUUUUUCUCACUUAUUUUUUGUUUGUAUGGUGUCAUCAAACUGUGGCAAUUACCAUACAAUGUAUGGUACCUGACGAAUUAGUAGUGAACAAUGGAGAAGGCAUCAGUUCACCUUAUUUUUCAUGUUAAUGAAGGAUAACAAUUGACGAAUUAAAGACUGCUGAAUAUUUUUAGUGCGUGUCAUAAGGCAGUUUUGAUGACUAAGUUUUACUAGAAUAUCUUACCUCAAGAACAUUACUCUGCAUGAAAAUAUGAAAGAUUCCAAGUUAGGGCUUAACUUUCUAUUUUGCAAGGAACACAUGUUACUUCUAAUGUAAUUGAAAGUUUUUUGUUUUGUUUGUGUACUGUCAUUGAUUUUGGCUAAUGACCACUGAUGGUCUGACAUAUAUUGUGCCUCAAAAUAACCCGACAAUGUUAGAGGAAUUAGUAUUGACAAACUUUGUGAUGCUUUAAUUGAGGCCGAACCUUUUCCUACUCUGUUUUACAUGUUUUAUGAGAGACUUAUAUACAUUAACAUUUUAAGCAGCAACUGAGCAAGAUCACCUAUGUACUUCACAACCUCUUCAGAAACUGUGUUAUCCUUUUCCUGUGUCUAUGGAUAUACAUAAAUAAUUGGAAAAAUGAGGAAAUAUCCUGGGCCUCAUUUUGCUGUAGUUAUUAUGAAAUCUGUGAUAUGCCUUUCAAGCAGCUUGAUAUAGGUUUGGUAAAUAAAAUUGUUCCUCAGGUGCUUUACCUUGACGAGGCUAACAUUAUGUAUUAUAUGUUACAAAAAAAAAAAAUUGUUACCUUUUAGCUGAGAGGGUACAUGUGUAAAUAUUUGAGUUCAAUUCCCAGCAAAAGUAGUUUGGCAUAUUCAGGUGCCAUGGAGUUCUCUGUAUUUUUUAUUUACCUUGUUAUCUUGUCUUCUUGUGCUGCUUAUUCAUACUGUACUGGCAAACUAGACUGUGACUAACGAACAUGACAUAACUGUCCCAGUUUUUUCUGUCUGUCCCUCUUACGCUACUGUACUGGGUGUCAUCAUCUGGUAAUAAUUAUUAUUUAAUAGAGCUUUCUCUUUUUACCAGGAUCAUUUUUGGUCUGCAUACUUCUGUAGAAUUGAUUCUGGAGACACCUCUUGUUUAUUUCCUGUAUGAAUGGCUAACAUUCUAACCAUAUCGUGUACCAUAACCAUGUAAUUUUCUAGAAAUAUCUUGAUUGUCUUGAGAAAGAAAUGCUUAGUAAUGUACAUGUAAACCAAAAAUAUUAAAAUGUUGACCUUGUGACAAAGUGUUUUAUAACUAGCACAUAGAUUAUAAAUAACAAUCCUAGUCACAGCUUCACAUCAGACAACAUUGUUAUUAUUUCAUGUUGUCUUAUCAAAUUGAGCCAUGUAACCUUGCUUUUAGUGCUGUAGUGAGACUAGCUGCAAUCAAUCUAGAAUUUGGACAAACGUGAUGUAUUUUGUUGCCCUAAAUCUAUUCUGAAUCCAGUUCUUAUCACUCUUGUCUUUGGUAAACAGGUGCUCCCAUGCAGGAAAUGAAAUAAUUUCCUGCUUGGAAUGAAAAGGCCGGCAGCAUGAGACUAGUCUAAAACUGUAGGAAUUGCUAUUUUUCCUGUCCUACUUAAAUGCAUAUUGAUAUAAAUACCAUGUCUCAAAUUCUGUAUUUUCUGUAGUGAGGAAUCUUGUAUCAGUUUUGUUUUCAGUUUCAAUGUUGUAGUUAAUUUUUGAAGAAACAUGAAUCAUAAUAUUAUUUGAUCUUUA